AUGGAAAGGUGUAUUGGUAGUUGAUAGAGUGAUCGUCUGCUCGCUCGUUUGUUCGAUAACAAUCUUCAGAGUCCCCCCGCAGCUUUCGCUCUCUGCAACAACAACAAAACCUCCAUAGCCGUAUCCGUACAUAUAUCUCUAUGCCCUUCUAACUUCCCACUCACUCUCACCCUAUGGGCUCCACUUCCGCCAUCUUUCUCUGCUCUCGUCCCAAGAUACUACUGCGGCCGCAGAGGUUGCAAUCUCAAUUCGAAUCCCAAGGUCCAGGAAGUGCUUGGCUUGGGUAUCGUGCGCAGGGCGUGUUUUUACCUCCUAUCCUUCCGCGACCGAGGAGAUGCUUGGCGGUAAAAGCUGCUUCUAGGCCAUCCGGUGCUCGAAGAGUGUACAGAGAAUCACAGAGUGGGAGCUCAUUGUCUGUUGCUCCCGUCAAGCAGCUCGCUUCCUUCGUCGGUCCCGUCGCCUCCUUCUUCGCCGUCACUUUUGUUUUGUGGAAAUUGGUGGAGAAAAUCCUUGUUCCAAAGCGGCAGAGGACUUCCUCGGUAGAGAGCAGUACGCGUGCACAAGGAAUGAAAUGGUCUUUUGCCGCUGGUACGAAUUUAUUAUCGGGUCUGGGUGCAAAGAUUGAAAGAGAGUCCAAGCUGAAGCUCAAUGACUUUGCCAAGGAACUUAAGUCAUUCAGAAGUGUUGACCUGUCAGGUCGUAACUUUGGAGAUGAAGGAUUGUUUUUUCUUGCAGAGAGCUUGGGUUACAAUCAGACUGCUGAAGAAGUAAGUUUUGCUGCAAAUGGCAUAACUGGAACUGGAAUGAAAGCCUUUGAUGGUGUUCUUCAAUCUAACGUCAUGUUAAAAACUCUUAAUCUUUCUGGAAACCCUAUUGGAGAUGAGGGAGCUAAGUGCCUAUGCGAGGUAUUGGUGAAUAAUGAUGGUAUUGAAAAGCUCCAGCUAAACAGUACUGACAUAGGGGAUGAGGGUGCAAAGGCUAUUGCCGAAAUGUUGAAGAAAAAUUCAACCUUACGUGUUCUCGAACUUAACAACAAUAUGAUCGACUACUCUGGAUUUACAAGUCUUGCUGGAGCUCUUGCUGAGAAUAACACACUACGUAAUAUACAUCUGAAUGGCAAUUAUGGUGGCGCCCUGGGGGCCAAUGCUUUAGCUAAAGGACUUGAGGGGAACAAAUCUUUAAGGGAACUUCAUUUGCAUGGAAAUUCUAUUGGAGAUGAAGGAGUGAAUGCUUUGAUGUCAGGUUUAUCAUUACAUAAAGGUAAACUUACACUUCUGGACAUUGGCAACAACUCUUUUACUGCAAAAGGUGCUUUCCAUGUUGGUGGAUAUAUCAAAAAGACCAAAAACUUGUUAUGGUUGAACCUUUACAUGAAUGAUAUAGGCGACGAGGGAGCUGAAAAAAUUGCAGAUGCUUUGAAGCAAAACCGGACGAUAACAACCAUAGACAUGGGGGGGAACAACAUCCAUGCCGAGGGAGUCACUGCAAUAGCUGAAGCAUUGAAAGAUAACUCCGUCAUUACAUUUUUGGAACUCGGUUACAAUCCCAUGGGACCUGAUGGGGUGAAGGCUUUAUCCGAAGUUCUCAAAUUUAAUGGAAACAUAGAAACCCUUAAGCUUGGCUGGUGCCAGAUUGGUGCAAAAGGUGCAGAGUUCAUCGCAGAUAUGUUAAAAUAUAAUACCACCAUCCGUGUUCUGGACUUGCGGGCGAAUGGACUUCGAAAUGAAGGUGCAUCGUGCCUGGCUCGUAGCUUAAAAGUGGUUAAUGAAGCUUUAACUUCAUUGGAUUUAGGGUUCAACGAAAUUAGGGACGACGGCGCUUUUGCAAUCGCUCAAGCACUCAAGGCUAAUGAAGACGUGACGGUUACAUCUCUGAACGUAGCCAGCAACUUCCUCACCAAAUUCGGUCAGAGUGCUUUGACGGACGCAAGAGACCAUGUGUACGAGAUGAGUGAAAAGGAAAUCAACAUUUUUUUCUAGCAGGCUUACUUUUUAGACCAGAAAUGUGGAUGCAGAAACUCGAAACAACACCGUUCUCGCGGUUCAUUCUUUCCCUUGGAAGCAUCGGCAGGAACUCGAAAGUCCAGGCACUUGGUUGAAGUUUUUGGGUUCUUAUCAACUUCAACUUACCAGGAACAAUUGACAAUUGGAAAUUUUGACGUUGAGAGAUCAUAGUUAGCUCUUCAGUGGUAGGCAUUGUUUGUUCUUAAAAGGUUGUCAAUUUUUAUUUUUUUGAAUUUGGAGGUCGGGGUGGGAGUGGGAGGUGGUGUUCAUCACUCGAGUUAAAAAUAAUUCUGCAAGCUUGUAUCUGUCAAAUGAACUGAUAAAUACUCGUACAAGUUUUGUAAAGAUUUUUGUGUUAAAGAUGACUAGUGUCUUGUAGGAAAAUGAGAAAUGGGAAGGACUAAGGAGAGUCUAAAGAGUGGAAUUAUCUACUGUCUCAUGUUUUUGGUACAAUAUUUUAUAUUUGUAUGAGAUUUAAUGUUAAACUAUGAGGUGACAGA